CUUCCCUCCACGAGCUGCUCUUCUCUCCGUGCUGCCGGGGCUUUAUUUAUUUAUUCCUACGUGAGCACACCCAGCACACUUCUUGCAUACAAAGAGUGAAAUCACAACCUAAAGGACCUAUCCUACCUUCUUUUGGAGUAACCUUAGUGCUAGUGAGAGCCUUGCCUACUUUUUAAGGCAAAGAAGACUCAUUUUCUGCAGGUAAACCCAAAGCUUUCAGGCAACGCUUUCUGCUGUUCUGCUUUUUCUGGUUAUCCAGCCUGGACCUCUGUCCUGUUCACAGAACUGAGACAACCCCUUGGACAUGAUCUGCCUUGUGUUUGCAACAACUACAGUAACAGCUCUGCAUCAAUAACUCUUCUCACUGAAUCCCACUGGAUGCUGUGCUUUGCCCUGGUCAUAAGUGGUGACAUUUUCCUUACCUGUGUGGGAAGAUCAGUUUUAAUUGGACAUUAAAAAGAUGGCUGAGGAAGAAAAGCUGUCUCUAAAGAAAGCACUUCAGUUUGGUAUUAAUGGAUAUAUUCCAUCAGUACAACUAUGCAUCAGAAAUGAAAGUGCCCCCAAAAGUUGUUAUGCUUGUUUAGACAGCAUGCAAAUAAAACACAUGUGACUGGUCCAGCUGAAAAAAAAAGAUCCCUAAUGGAGAGCUGCUGUCAAAUGAGAGCCACCAGGAAAGCCAUAGACCUAACCUCACCUUUAAAUUAGUUAACUCAAACAGCCGGCUGCAAUUUUGUAAUACAAAGACCAUGUCAGCUGUAGUUAAAAGGAUCUCUGCAUUUCCAAGCUACAAGAAAUCUUUCCUUAAAUUUUAUAUUUAAUUUAUCAACUUUUUUGGGCUAAUCAGCAAUUAAAUUUGUACCCUAAAGAGAAGCUGCCAGUUGAAAAUACACAUAAUAACAAGGAGAAGAAUGAUAAGCUCGGGGAGUAAGGUGUUAAUUUGUAUCUUCGGAACAAUAUUAACACACAGAUCGAAUGUCAAAUGAAAUGGGUCGCAAGGAAACGCGUUACUUGCAGACUUUAAACUGUGAUUCGAUGGCGCAGCAGAGCAUGAGGAUGCGCCCGGUGCUGCUGAAGAGGAACAGCCUGGACUCGGCGGAUUUGGUGCGGCAGCCCCAGCACCGCAGGAGCAAAUCCCAGCAGGUCCGCUUCAAGGAGGAUGGGCUCAGCACCAAGGCAGGGCUGGAGGCUCACCCUGCCCCGGACACACUGACAGCUGGGAGCACAGAACUCUUUAGGGAUCACAGCUUUUUGCUAACUCACUCUCCAGCUUUUCCAAGGGCUCAGAAGGGGCUUCGGAAUAUUGCCAUACAAACUUCUCCCAGCCUCAGGAAACACUUCCCUGUUUUUAAAAGGAAAAGGCUGACAGCAAGCAAAUCACUGACAGAAAUGCCAGCAGAGCCUGCAAACUCUAUCCAGGUAAAUGGCAACCUGUGUGAAGCAGACAUUCUGUCCUCAGAGCUCUGCUACCUGAGAAUAAGCGAUGGCUUGGAGGACGGAUGCAGGAACAGUGAGGUGAGCUUGGCUCCGAGCUCAUCAAAAGCACAAAGCAAUGGACCGAGGUGCUCGGGUGAUUUCUCAGUGUCAGACAAGACAACUGCAUCUACACAGGUGCCUGAAUACAUCCAAGUGAGUUUUCCACCAGACAGAAACGCUCCCCUGGAGGCACCAGACACAGUCUCAAGUAACUCACUGCAUUCUUCUACCGUCAUCAACAGCAGCGAAAGUCACGAAAACAGCACACUGUCAUCCGAUUCUGAAAGAGCAGAGCCUGGCCUCAGCAAUCCUGUGAGCUGCAGUGAAUGUAACCCCCACUCUGCUGCUGGUGAAGUGCAGAAACACAACUCUGAGCUGCCUGUAGCCAGUAAAGAUGCCAGCAGUAAGGAAACUCCACCGCCACCCCCAUCAAAUCCCAGCUCAUCUCCCUGUUUCCUCAGAGACUGUCACCAGGCAGGAGAGCACAAGCCAGACCCCAGCUGGGUGACCUCACCAAGUGAUGAUUUCCCAGCAGUGUCACUCACCAGCAGCAAUGCAUCCAAACCAUGCCUGCCAUGUAACGCUGAAAUUGAGAAAAAUCCCACCCAGCCAGAUGUGUCCCAGUGUAACAGCUGUGCAGGAGGAUUUCACAGAAAGUCUUAUCUGCCAAGGAGUGAAAUAAACCCACAAAGCAACAAAGAGAUUAAGGAAAUAAAUCAAAUUCACUUGGAACAUGGCGAACUCUGUGCCCUACAAGGCAGGCUGCAGUCUGUAGAGGAAUCCUUGCAGUCGAACCAGGAGAAGAUUAAAGUCCUUUUGAAUGUAAUCCAAGACCUGGAAAAAUCCAGAGCCCUCAGUGAAGGGCGUAACUUCUACCACACUGGGCAGGACCUCAACAACUGCAGCACCUGCCAGAACACGGCGUGCAUCAUCUACAGUGUAGAAUAUGACUUCAGACAACAGGAAGGAAGAUUUCAUCAGAUUUUGAAAACACUGGACAAUGCAGAGCAAAACCCAGCUCCAGCUUCACCUCAGAAGCCACCACCUGAUCCUCCAGCUCCAGAGAAAAAGGAGUUAAGGAGAAAGACAAAAAAGGUGAAAAGAAAAUGCUUCUGGUGGAUUUGACUUCCUCAUGCAUCCUUUUACAAUUCAAGAGACACUAAAACAGAAAGAGCUUGAGAGCACACACCUGAAAACGUGCUAUUAUGAAAUCACAAAGGUUAAGAAUGUUUAAUUAGAGUAUUGGAAAAAUAAAAAAAAUUGAAUUUAUUUAAAUCAGCUCACUGAAUAAAGGUGCAUGAAGGUA